UACGCUUCAGUCGCUAGAGAGCGCUUUUCGUGAUUACUACGCGUCUUUGCGCAACUCCGUGUGGCCGCAACUCGCGCACGUAUCGCCGUGUUCGGCAUCGAAACGUAACUGCGCAAUCGUACCCCGCACGUCCUUCCGGACCCGGGUGGGCCACGCGCGUGCCUUGACAGUCGCGCGUUUGGCGGGAAACGGCGCGAGGCGCGUAUUUACGUGACUAUUUACGCGGUGUCAAAGGCGAGCUCGGCGAUCCCCCCACCGCGGAUCGACAUAUUGCUGCGGGCCGUGUGCAAUAACAGUUUUCUAUGGAAUUUUCUCGCGCCAAGACGACCGAUUGCGUUAUCGCGUCUCGGAUAUACGCAUCAAUACUGUGUCGUGUGUGAGUACGAUAUAUAUAUAUAUAUAUAUAUAUAGAGAGAGAGAGAGAGAGAGAGAGAAGGAACAAAGAGCGGAGAUUCCGCGAAGCAAGACGAUUGCCAACGGUGGACCACGAAAUUCGCGCGGGACACGUAACACGCUCUCUCGCCGUCGCUCGGAUACUCACGCGCAAGUGCGGUCACGCAACGUUGCCGGAUCGUCGUUCUCCCACAGACUAUGCCGGAGGAAUCGUCGUGUCGCAGGGCGAUUGUGUCGAUAGUGUGACUAGAGCGUAUUUUUUGCGUCGGGACGCGAGGAGCGUCUCCACAGUGACUUUGAAGGACAGUUUCGUCUCGGUGCAGCGAGAAUCGCGCGCGCGAGGGGGAGUUUGUUUUCGCCGCCGCUAUCUCUGUCUUGCACAUAGUAACCGUGCCCAUCGUGUUGCCAAGCGCGGCUGCUGUUUGCCGUCGCACUGCGUCGUCCUGCGAUACAAUCUCUUUCCCACAGAAGCCGACCCCGAAUAUCAUCAUCGUCGUCGUCGUCGUCAUCUACCUUCUCGACGAGCGUGGACGUACGUCGCGCGACCACCGCAACGUCAAAUCUGUGAAUCCAUGCUCGAAGCGGGAGAUCUGGUGAACGCUCAGCAGCAACGCGGCCAUUAUUCGAAAUUCGGUGGGUCGCGCCACGGAUCGCGGUGUUGCCAUAUAUCCCGUCCACGCUGCGUAGCCCCGCGAUUUCAACGUCCCGCGACGGCAACGAUUCCUGGAAGGAGUCAUCGUCAUCCCCAAUGCGUCACGGCCAUUGCUAGAAGAGGAACGAUCGCGUAGCUCGCGUCGCAAAUCGAUAGCGCGCUGAGAAACACGGAGAGAGAAAGAGAAAGCGAGAGACAUAAAGGAAGAAAAGAAAAAAAUAGUAAAAGACAGUGCGUAUAUGUGCGUGUGUGCGUGCGCUCGGGCGCGCGUUCUUGCUUUUGAAAUUUCUCCACGCCCGGAUUUUGGUGUUGAUUGUUUUUGCGUGCGUACGUAGUGAGAGAGAGAGAGAGAGAAACGGCGCGCCAGCGUUUGCCGUUGUGGAUCGCGACGAAAUAUGAGCGCACGAGUGCUGAACCCGGUGAUGAUGACGGAAAUAAGCAGGAAUCUAGGCGGCGGUGGUGGCGGCGGCGGCGGCGGCGGCGGCGGCGGCGGCGGCGGCGGCGGUGGUGGUGGUAGUAGUGGACGAGCGGCACCGAGCAGGGCCGCGCUCGCCCGCGUCCGACGCGAUCUCUUCGGGCCGGUGGACCACGCGGCGGCCCGUGCCCUCGCCGAGCGCGAGUUGCACACCCAAUCGCUCCUCGACGCCGAUCGAUGGGGCUUCGAAUUUAAGCUGGGAAUACCGCGGGAGAACUCGCGCUACGAGUGGGAACAGGUGACGGAGAACGACGUCGUGCCCGAGCCCUACGCUCUGCGCGGGAUGCCUUAUCUGAGAAAACACGCGCCCGGCACGCCGCGUAAAUUGCGCGUCGACGACGCGUCUCCGACAACCACCGUCGCGACGUCGCCAACGACAACGUUGCUGACGACGAUGAUAAGUACGAUGACUACGACGACGACGACGACGACUACGAGGAUCGUCGAGCAAAUGGAGACGCCGUUGUGCGCCACGCCGACGGCCGAGAGAACGCCGCCGCAAGAGCCCAGGGUGCCCGAGAUCGGCGAGGCUACUAUGCCUAAUCAGCUGUUGGACGCGAACGCCAAGAGGAAGAGGUGCGCGGUAGAGCCGACCACCCCCGUUCUACCCUCCAUCACGAGAAAGCAAGCCACGAUCACCGACUUUAUGAAGAGUCGUAAGCGCGGCUUGAAUGGCACUACAAAGAGUAUGAUAGAGCCACCGGAGAAGAUCGCCCGCAACGCGGGUCAGAUACGCAGCUAAAAUCUUUCAGCUUUCUUGUUCAAACCUUGCCGUCUUCUUACAUUUCGUUUGUGGGAUGUGAAACAAUACCAGAAGCGGAAAACAUCAUCGUCGAAAGGAAUAGUGAAAAAAGAAAUUCCGACAGAAGACGCGAGGUUUGCGUUGGCUGUGCCAUUCAUAUAGUUUUAUCUACCAUGAGCAGGCGAAACAGAUCGAGAGAUAGAUGAAUUAAAAAGAAAAAAAAAUGAAUAAAAAAAUUAAGAAAUAGCAAAUAACAUCAUUUUUCAUCACGUACAUCUUUGUCUGUAAUUCACUGCUUUGUAAUAUCGCGAGGUUCACGAGAACAAUAGUAACAACGAGGAAAGGCGCGAGACGAGGAAGACAGAAAGAUUAGAUAAAUAGAAGAAAGGCGAAAGAGAGAGCGCGCUUGUGGAUGGAAGAAGAAGAGAGAGUAUAACUCUCGUCGUUAUUUUUUUAUGAAACAUGUCAUAUCUUCUUUUGUAUUAGGAUAAAAAUAAGUAAUAUUAAAAAGAAUAUAAAAAUUAGAUUGUAGAUAGAGUAAUGAUUUGUCUCCAAAUUAAUUAAUGUAAUAUAUUCUACGUUUGUUUUUCUAAGACAUUCAUAGAAAAAUCUUUAAACGAUGUCGUUACACACAAAAAAAAAAAAAAAACACUAUAAGAAAGAGAGAAGAGCUACGAAAAUACACGCAAGUUUCGAUUAUUCAUAAGGAUUAGUUUAUUAGCUUCUAAGAUAUAGAGCAGAGUAUAUCGCGCGUAUUCAUUGGAUCGAAAGAAUCGGAUGUCUGAGCUGGGCCACGGAUUUUUGGGACUCGUGACUGCUAUGUUUCAAUUUCCCCAAGUAUUCAGCGACGGAUUUCCUUUUGCUAAAUAACUGGGGGAAUUUUAGAAUCUUAUUAGAAAGCAGAUCUUCGCAAUAGAUAUUGCGCCAUUUUCGAUACAGCAUUCUUGAAACGCGCGCAAUAUCGAAGCGACUUAAAAUUUCCAAAUUAAUUCUCAUAAAUAUAUAUUUCGAGUUUUCUCAAUUUGGACAUGAUUUUGUGAAAAUAUGAGGAGAAGCUCAAAAGGGCAGUUGCGAAUCCAUAUCAGAAUGCGACGACCAGCUUUAAGAAAGAAGAUAACAUGAUUUAGCUGUAGUUCGUUACCCAAGUUUAAGCAUUGAUCUCCUGUACGAUUUUAAGAAAGUACAGCCGAUGCCAAAUCACCCUACGAUUUUUUUCUUCUUUACCCACUAAAAAAAAAGAUCCAUCAUCUCCUUUCUCCCUUUCCUUUCUUUAUCCUAUAUCGCGCUUAUUUCUGGCAAAUAAUGCGAGAGACAUAAUCGUCAUAAAAUCGCAGCUUUAAAAAGAAAAAUAUUCUUUAGUUACAUCUUUUAUUUUUUUAUAAAUUAAAAUACCGGUACAAAAAAAUAUUUAAUAUUUUUGCACAAUUAAAUUGAAUUGCUUGUUUUUCUGCUGCGAUAUACUCUUGAAAAUUUAUUUAGACAACAACUUUUCAGUCUUAUUAUUAUUUUUUACAUUUCAAUUAGUUUAGACAAAUGUAAUAAUUUACAUAAAAAUUUAUAAUUUCAAACAUUUGUCCACAUUUGGUUAAAUAUAAAGCCAAUAGGAAAAUUUUUAGAUAUUUAACUUUCUCUAAUCUUAAAAAAGGUACUUCAAGAUUCUCCUGUAAUAUUUCUAACAAGAAUGAUAAAUUAAUCGUAAUAGCAUUAACUUUUUGUUGGCCAUAUCGUAAUAUAAUGACAAAAUGUAUUUCUUCUUUCAUAUAUACAUAUAUAUAUAUAUAUAUAUAUAUACUAUCAAAUUUUAUAUAUACAUUUUAUUAUAUGAUAAUAUAUAAUAAAUAUAUAUAUAACAAAAAAUAUUUGGUAGAGUAUAUAUAAUAAAUAUAAGUUAAUAAAAAGAAAGAAGCUAUCUGAAAAUCAAAUUUUAAGUAUCCAACGAGAGGUUAAUAAAUUAUAGAUUUUCAUUUUUGUUAUCAAUACUUAAUUAUGAAGAAAAAAUUCUUUUUUUUUUACAUUGAGAUUAAGCGGUUUCAUAACUGAUAAAUUUGAGUGCGUAUUGUAAAGUAAACGUUUACUUCGUUCGUCGUCAACGAACUUAUAAAACGUAAUAUUAGCGUUAUGUGUGUAUUCUUAAAUGAUUUUUAUAAUGGUAGCUGUUUGUUAUAUACAAACUUUUUGUUUAUCAAUAUCCCAUUAAAACGGUCCUCAUAAAAUACACUACCGUAUCUUGCUCCUCCUGAUAUUUUCCCACUCGCCAUUCCCUUUUUGAGAUUAUAGCCCAAAAAUACGACUGGUGGUUACAAGCUAUACAUUUUUUCGAAGUCCGCAUCAUAACAUCGAAUAUAUGGGAGAAAGAGUUGAAAAAUAUAAAUCUCUCUCUUUCUCUCUCUCUUUCCUCUCCUCUCUCCCUCUCUCUCUUCAUAAAUCAAAUUUAAAAAUACGCAUUGAUCGCAAUAUUUAUUUCCCUUCGUAUGGAACAAAAAGUUCAGAAUUUCACAAAAUUCAUAUGGCAGUCGAAAGUUGAAUAAUAAUUAUCAUUGAUUAUAUGUUCGUGGCAGAUAUGGCACUUUGCGAUUUCGGCAUAAACAUAACAACUAAAAGAAAGAAAGUAAGUUAAUGUGGCAAUGGUACAUGAGAUGUGUGUGACUUAUUUGAUAUUUUUCAUUUCGCAGAAAAGUGGAAAAAAAAAUAGUCUUUGUAAUCAGUGUAGUUACAUUUUAAUUCUAGCGAACAAUGUUAUUUUCGAUAAUAUAUUGAAAUUAAAAAUCAAAUGAAAGAUCUUUUGUAUAUGAAGAUGCCAUCGCCGAAUUAAAAACAGAGAAGACCUAGCAAUUUUGGAAUCUCAUAAGAUCUGAGAAAGUCGCGACGCUUAGUGCCUGCUGUGUGAAGGAAACUCAGAAAAAAAAAAAUAAUAAAGAGAGAAAAAUCUUGUGUCUAUGUAACCCUGUGAUGUAUUAGUAUGAUCUCAGUAAACAUAACUUAGCGUGUACUUCUUAUAUAUGAUAAUUAAAUGAUAUGUAUGUAUAUGCGAGUAGAGCAAGGAGUUGUGACGAAUAUUUGAAAAUUUGUCACGUUAUAAAAUAUAAAAAUUAAAAAUCACGGAUAAGAAUCGAUGAUUUGUGGUACUUUGUGAGUGAGUGUAUCCGUGAGUUUGUGUGUUGUAUGUAUGCGUCUUGCAAAGAAUGAAAGGAUGAAAUAAAGAAGAGAAGAAUGAAAUGAGAAGAGAGAGAGCAGAAAAAGAGAAAGAAUACCCAGUGAAUCAUGUCUCACAUUCAGUCGAUACUCCGCGAUAUAAAAUGAUAUAUGUGUAACGACAAUAUUAUAUAGAGAUAUAUAUAAAUAUAUAUAAUGUAUAAUUAUAUAAAAAAAUUGUAACUAUAAGAGAGUCUAAAAAACUAACUAACUAACAUAAGUGAAUUGUCUCCAAUUGUUUAUUAAAAAAAGGAUCUAUCUAUAAA